UAGAUUCGAAGUGUGUGCCAAGUUUAUCUCUCUCCCUUUUAGUUUCUCUAGACUCUAGUACUAUACAUAUAACAUUAUUUUCUAUUACUUUAUAUAAAUAUAUACUUGCUAAAUAAACGACCACCAACUCAAAAGCUUAUUCCAUUAUGGGAAAAAAAUUCUGCAGGUGAUCCUAACUCCAACUCAUCUUGCAAUUGUGAUGGAGUAUGCGGCUGGUGGUGAACUAUUUGAUCGAAUCGUCGAUCGUGGGCGAUUUAGCGAGGAUGAGGCCAGGUAUUUCUUCCAGCAGUUGAUCUGUGGAGUGAGCUAUUGCCAUCACAUGGAAAUAUGUCAUAGAGAUUUGAAGCUGGAGAAUGUUCUCUUGGAUGGCAGCCCAGCUCCACGUCUUAAGAUAUGUGAUUUUGGCUACUCCAAGUCAUCAGUACUACAUUCAAGGCCAAAGUCAGCAGUGGGUACACCAGCAUAUAUUGCACCAGAGGUGCUUUCUCGGAAAAUAUUGAAUUAAGGUCUGUGUAUAAGUGGCUGGUACAUCCGCC